ACUAGUACUAGUUGCUAGUUCGGUAGUUCCUGUCUUCUGUAUUUGCAACUGGUCAUCACUCCUAAGUUCUAGCUACUAAGAAAUUACAUAAGAAAAUUACGAUGGCGGUCGAAUGUCUGCUUACUUUUGCGGCCAAGGGAAUACUGGAGAAGGUGGCUUCGCUUGCUGCUCAAGAAAUCAGUCUUGCCUGGGGCUUCAAAGCAGAACUAAAGAAGCUCAGUGAAUCCUUAUCCGUUCUUCAAGAUUUUUUAGGCGACGCUGCCGAGCAAGCGCAAGCUCGGGGCAAGGCAGUGGAAGUUUGGGUGAAGAAACUUAAAGACAUAGCCCAUGACGCCGAUGAUGUCUUGGACGAAAUCAACUACGAAAAUCUCCGGAGUCAAGUGGAACUGCGAAACAAUAUGAAGAAAAAGGUAAAGAGUUUUCUUUCUUCAUCCAACCCCACUUUAUUUCGUCGAAAAAUGGCUUGCAAAAUUAAGAAAGUCAACACUUCUCUGGCGGAUCUUAAGAGUGAGGCAUCUUUCCUUGGACUAGUUGCAAAAACAAUAGAUGCACCUGCUCCAGAAAUUAGAUGGUACAGAGAAACCAACUCACUCGUUGCGGCAGAUGAAGUCAUAGUCGGAAGGGAGAAGGUUGUGUCAAGUAUAAUUGCAACCUUGACAAACUCGGACGUCAAUCAAGAAAAUCUUUCGGUUAUGGCCAUCGUGGGGAUGCCAGGCCUGGGAAAGACAACUUUGGCCAAGUUAGUAUACAAUGAUAAUUCUAUAAACAGGGUUUUCGCCGAAAAGAUGUGGGUGUGUGUAUCUAACACUUUUGAUGCCAAUUCCAUUUUAAGUCGGAUCUUAGAAUUACUUGACCCAACAAAGGUUGGAAUACAAAGUCAAGAGGCCUUGCUUAAAAACCUUCAAAGGGAGUUGAAAGAUAAAAGAUACUUACUUGUUUUCGAUGAUGUUUGGAAUGAAGAUCCUCAAAAAUGGAAAAUGUUGAUAAGUUGUUUGUCAAUGCUUGAUUCUGCUCGAGGAAGCAAAAUUAUUGUCACCACCCGCAGUGCCAAAGUUGCAUCAAUAACAGAAACACUUCCACGACAUAAUAUGGGAAUUUUGUCAGUGGAUGACUGUUGGUCCAUAUUGAAAGACAAAGCCUUUUCAGAUAACAAUGCUCCUUUGGCUCAAGAUUUAGAGAAAAUUGGGAGGCAGAUUGCUGAACAUUGUGCGGGUCUACCACUGGUAGCAAAGGUUUUGGGAGGUCUGCUGCGAUCUAAACACAGUAUUGCUGAAUGGUUGUCAAUUAAAGAAAGUAGAAUAUGGGACUUGCCAGAAGGAGAAGAUAAAAUCAUUUCAGUCUUGAGGUUGAGUUUUGAUAAUCUGAAAUCGCCUUCUUUGAAACAAUGUUUUGCGUAUUCCUCAAUGUUCAUGAAAGACAUUGAAAUUGAAAGAGAUAACUUGAUUCAACUUUGGAUGGCUCAAGGAUUACUUCACCCUUCUUCCGACAAAAGUAAUCUAGAAAUGGAGGCCAUUGGUGAUGAAUAUUUUGAUAUUCUAUUACAGAGCUCCUUGUUUAAAGAUGCUACACAUGAUGCCUAUGGCAUUGUUACCAAAUGCAAGAUGCAUGAUCUAGUACAUGAUCUUACAGAACUGGUAUCCAAAUCAGAAAUCUUGACACAAGACUUCCAUGAAAGAAAUGAUACAACUGAGAUUCGACAUGUAGCUCGGGUUUCAUCUUCCAUACUAGAAAGAAUUCCAGGGAGAAAUCUUGAGAGGUUGCGAUCGGUAUUUCCUUAUGGCAAAGUCCCUAGUAACAUCUUGCCACGGUUUAAAAGCUUACGUUUGUUAAAUUUAGCCAAGGCAAAAAUUAAGGAGAUUCCAGGUUCAAUGGGCAAGCUGAAACACUUGAGGUAUCUGGACGUUUCCGGAACUAGUCUCAAAGCACUCCCCAAAUCUAUACACAAACUCUAUAACCUACAGACCCUAAGAGCAAUGCGAUGUUAUUCUCUUGAAGAAUUUCCGGACGAAGUGAACAAUUUGAUCAGCUUGAGACAUGUUUAUUUUGAUAAGAGUCUGAAGUUUCCGUUUGGGAUGGGGCAAUUGACUCACCUCCGGACACUGCCUCACUUUUCUGUGGGAAAGGAAAGGGGUCGUGGAAUUGAGGAGUUGGCUAGCUUGAACCAGUUGAAGGGUGAAUUAACUCUCUACAAUCUAGAACACGUACGUGAUAGAGAUAAAGCAAGGAAAGCUAAAUUGGAGGAUAAGAAAAACCUACGCCAUUUGAGAUUUGUAUGGACAGAAGGCAUGUCAACAACCAACAACAAUGAUGAGGAUGUACUAGAAGGCCUCCAACCACAUUCUGAGUUCGAAAGCCUCGUGAUUGAACAUUUCAGGGGUGCUAAAUUUCCGUCUUGGAUGAUGAGUAGGUCGUUACCGCUCAAUAAUUUGAAGAAGAUUCAUUUGCGCAGGUGCAACAAAUGUGAAGGAGUACCAACACUUGGUCAUCUACCUAAUCUUCAACACCUUCGGAUUGAUAGAAUGGCUGAGCUAAAAUGUAUCGGAGCUGACUUUUAUGGUUACAAUCUUGUUUACAAUGCAACAAGGUCACGUAAAGAGACGACAACUUUGUUUCCAGCACUGAAACAAUUAUCCAUUAGUGAGUGCAGGGAGCUUAUUGAAUGGAUGGAAGCACCAAAAUUGUCAACAGAAGUGUUUCCUUGCCUUGAGGAGCUGCAUAUCUUGAAUUGUCCCAAAUUGAGAAAUGCUCCCAGUCAUUUUCCAUUGCUCAAGGACUUGUGGAUAUCUUCUUGUGACAAUGUCCAGCCAUUAAAAAAUAUAACCAGCAGACUAACAAGUCUGACUUCCCUCACGAUUGAUCUUAAUAAGAAAAUUACCAGUCUGCCAAAAGGGAUGUUGGAGAGCAACAAAAAUCUCACAUCUGUUGAGAUAUUAAGUUGUGAGAAGUUGGCUUGUAUUGCUCCCAAUGUACUUGGAUGUUGCACAUCCCUCCAGAAGCUACAUGUCUAUGAUUGUAAAAGGCUGAGGCGUUUACCUGAUGGGAUAGACACACUGCCUUUGCUUGAGAAGAUGACAAGAAGAGAAUGCCCUCGCCUAGAGUUCAUCCCAAUGACACACGGCAUGGCUUCUCUCCGCAAACUGCAUAUUGAUUCUUGCGGUGGACUGUCAGGCCUACCAAGUGGGCUAGAAUACUGUACAUCUCUUCAAGCAUUGAACAUAAUGGGUUGCGGUAAUCUAACAGUCAUUCCAGUCACACACGACCUUUCUUCUCUCCGCACAUUGAAGAUUGGAGAUUGUGAAGGAUUAUCAUGCCUACCAAGCGGACUUGAGCAUUUCUCCUCUCUACAAGAAUUGUCUGUGUGGAAUUGUCCAAUUGUAACAUCAAUUCCAAUUUCCAACGGCGUGCCCUUCACCUCCUUGCAGGUAUUGGAAAUUGAAAAUUGUAUGGAAUUAUCAAGCUUCCCAGCCCUAGAAUAUUGUCCUUCUCUUCGGAAAUUGAUGAUAAGGAACUGCCCAAAGCUAGCAUUCAUAAGUGCCUUAUCACUUACGAAUCCACUACCAAAUAGCAGAUCAGAAAACUUCACUAGUACGAGCCUUGACAGUCUUGAGUAUUUGUCUAUAAGGAGUUGUAGUAAUCUGCAUUCAAUUCCAGAUUUAGACACCUUCACUUCUCUCCGUCAACUGUGGAUUCAUAACUGUGAAAGAUUAGAGAUUCGGGCUACUUCACUAUGUGUCUCUCUUGAGGAGUUGAAAUUAACCAGUUUGCCAAAGCCAGAGAGUAUACCAAGUUUAGACAACCUCACAUCUCUCUGUAUGGUAGCCAUUUAUGAUUGUGGGAAUUUGAAAAUUUUCCCAAGGGGGCUUCACUGCCUCACUCGUUUGAAGACUUUGACAAUUGGUGGGUUCUCGGAGGAGCUUGAUUGCUUCCCUGAUUUUCCAAUUCUUUCGCGACUUAAAAGAUUAACUUUGCGUGGGUGGCCUAAGCUCAAGUCUCUGCCUCAACAAAUUCAACACUUCACUUCUUUGACGCAUUUGUGUAUAAUGUCUUUUGAUGGAGUGGAGGCCCUGCCAGACUGGUUGGGUAACCUUACAUAUCUGUGGCAGCUGGAGAUUGUGAACUGCAAGAAUUUGAUGUAUUUACCUACCGUCAAAGCUAUGCAACGCCUUACCAACUUACUAAAUCUGGAAAUUCGUUGUUGCCCCUUUCUUGGAGAAAGGUGCACUGCAGAGACAGGCUCGGAAUGGCAUAAGGUUUCUCACAUUCUUACUUUCAAAGUCGUGGAUUCUGAGUCGUGCAGAGUGUUGAAGCUAUGCGACGCCUCAAAGUAGUAUGGCAGCCGUGUGCCCAGAAAGAAAUUAGCUCAGUUGGAUAACAAUAGUCAUGGUCUUCACUGCACAUUUGAAGAGGAAGAUCGAUGUGCCUAGUUAUAACAACAACCCAAGGGUUUCAAAAGUUUCACAUUGUGAGCAUAAGCAUUAUAAGUUCAACUCCAAGUUUUAUACGUACUAUUAUUUGAACCAUAGAAUUUCUUGUGUGUAUAUAAUUGCUAAGACCUGUGUUUGACCAGAGGAAGAAUAGGGAUUAAUUCAAGUGAAAACUGAUAAACUUGAAAUUGGUAGGCUCUGGUCCAUUUAAGGAAGAAUAGGGAUUAAUUCAUGUUGUACACGAGAAAAUGAUAAGGUCCAUGUCAAACUCAUUCAUUUGUUUUUUGCUAGGGUUUAGGGUGGCUCUGGUCCAUUUAAUUAAACUGAUUUAUAAUAGCAUCUCCAAAGUAAUCAAGGGUUUCAAGUGUUAAGGGUAUAAGAUUCAAUGGUUAAUAGAAUGCCUAGUGUCAUUAGAUUAGUGAAUCAAUUUGUAACUAAAUGAAAGCUUAGUAAGUUAGCUAAUACUAAAUCAAAAUCUAGGGCUACCCUCGUCUUUACUUGUUUGGCAUGUGGCUUCACCCGUAAAGAUUCCUACUUUUUUACAUUUGGAUUUUUGGGCAUGGUGGCCUUGCAUGUUUGUUUCCCCUUCUUGAUGUGUGAUUUUUUAUUUUUUACCUAAUCCCUUUGGAAUUUUUGUUUUGUUUUGCAAGUUCUUACCUUUUAGGUUUUGUUUAGAGGGGUUUUGGUCCUAUGCUAUGUCCCCCUCUUUUUCUUGUAUUUUCUUUUUUCAAAAAGGUAAGUCUAUUCUCCCCACUUUUCAUGUUUUUUGUUUUUUGUUUUUGUUUUUGUUUUAUGAGAUGUAAGGUUUAUAUCUCCCUAAUUAGGUGUAACUUAUUUUUUUUCAUAUCAAUAAAAUUUCAUCAUAUUGUUGAGGUUCUUAUAAAAAUUAAAAAAGAAGAAAAAGAAUAAGAAGUACUGUACUGAUGAUGUAUAUAAAAGGCAACAGAGCCAUUCUGUUGUAAUCCCUUUUGUCUUCUCUCUUAAUGAAAUCAGUCAUUCAUAUU